CCAAUUUUCAGUGUUUACGUUUGCUUGCGUCGUAUUUUUGCUAACAACAAAAUACAAAUUUGAACUAUUUACGAAAUUUGCACACGCAAAAUAAGUGACACUUUGGUUAUAGUUAAUAUAGUGCUGUUAAAAAUCUCUGAAAAACGUUGCGCAUGUGCCAUUCGCUUGGCCUCAAACUCGGUUUUGCCCUGAUUCGUGUAAUCGUCGACACUCAUUUGUGGUCCACACCCCAGAUUUGAAUGUUAAUUUCCAUUUGCGUUGACAAUUGAGGCCAUGCUUUAAGCGCGCUGCAAUGCUGCUCAGCGAGCUGCACUUCUGGACAACGCAGCGCGACGAAGUGCGCAUCAAGUGCAGCGAUUUCGGCGCCUUCCGAUAUCAGCGCCAACGCGAGCUCUCGCAGGAGCUAACGGCGCAGUCAAAGCGCGACUAUACGGAGCGCCGCAAUGGCUUGGCGGUGUUAAAGAACAGCCGCAAGGCUGGCGGCCGCCUUAAGGACAAUCUAAAAAAAUUGGAGGAUCUGCUGCACACACACAAGCUAACGCACUCCGAGUGGCAGGAUGCAGCGCAGGUGCUGCUGCUCUUCGACAAUGGAGUCAUUGCUCACAUCUGUGUGGAUAUCUAUACGGGCGAUAUAUUACGCAUGGUAUUUGACAAAUAUCUCGUUGGCAAGCUGGCUGGGGACCUGAUCACCGAUGCCUUUUUUACACGCUCCCACAUCGUGUUGGCCUACAAUACCAACCAGCUGACAGUGGUGCAUUUGCAGCGACCCAAUGCUCGACCCCUCGGUCCGGAGAAAAUCGCGAAUAUGGAGCCGCGUAUAUUUCAUGUUAUUAUACCGGGCCUCGCAUCUGAACGUAAAUUAGCACGUCAUCUAACUGUAAAUGGCAGCAGAGAUUUGUUUGUGGUCUGGACACAAUCCUCGCAGAACGAAGUGUACCCCUGGCGACCCACCAUUCGGGAUCAGGAUCGUGCCAAUAUACACAUAUUUAAACUGAAAGCCUUGCAACUGGAAUCGCUGGCCUAUUGUUGGUCGGAGAAUGAUCCGCUUUGCGUGGACUUUUUGCGCAGCUCAGAGAAUCAAAUCAUCACAUUGGAGCAGAAAGUUUCCCGCAAGGGUGAGAUCAGCGCUGAGAUCUGCUCCUAUGAAUUGGCAACGGGCAAAAUGCAGCGCACUGCAAUUACCUCAAUUGCAAUGGGCACACAGAUCUGUUGCUUUGCCUUCAGUCCGGAUCAGGAGAAGCUCUUCCUGGGCAGCAUCGAUCGGAAUAUAUGCUUGCACGACCUGGUGCUGCAGACAACCAAAUAUGUUAAGCAAAUCGAAAUUGUGCCAACGCAAUGUGCUUGGCAUUGCGAUUCAGCUUUGCUCUGUGUGUCCAAUGAGCGAUCUGUGCUGCAGUGCUUCGACCUGGCCCUGUCGCCCAUUGGCAACCAGCUGCUGAGUGAGAGCGUAACGCCGACUAAUCUGCUGGACCUCUCGCACUACUUUGCCGCACAGCCGACGCUUCUCAGCAUAGCCUUCAGCCGCAAGCCGGACUUGGCUAACUUCUCUCACAACUAUGCGCAAACGGAUUGCCUGCUACUCUUGCUGUACGAGCAAGGUCCGUUGGCCUGCCUGCGCUUCUUUGGCGGCGCCGGCAUGCGUGGCGAUAUUCACAAUUCAGGAUUGACGGCUGAUGUAAUCGCGGACAAGUAUCUGCGCUUGCAACAGCCAGAGCGAGCGGUCAAUGUGCUUGCCUCUCUCAAUUGGGAGACCUAUGGAGCCAUGUGUCUGAUCACGCUGCACAAGAUUGCGAACUAUGUUUUCUUCUCAUCUGAUCAGCGACGACCACGCUGCGAUCUAAUGGCCAGAGCCUUGAGCACGUUCGCUGACACGCUCUCUGAGGAUACAAAGGAUGAGUUCAGCGACCAGGUUUAUGAUCUAAAGCGUCGCUUUUGCUUUUUUUUGAUGCGUAAGAAUCUGUUCAGCGAAGCCUUUGAAAUAGCCCAUGACAUAGCGGAUUACGAUCUAUUCAUGGACCUUUAUAAUCUGACCAAAUGCAUUGGAAGCUUGAGUGAAUUUGCUCAGGUUGCUUUUGGACAGGCUGCUGCUAUUAUUCAUGGCGAUGAUCAGGGCAAUUUCAGCUCGACUUUGGCCAGCGAAUUACGUCCGGAUUCUGUUUGCUCACAGUUGAGCUAUACGACGCCCAGUCAGCCGACUGCUCUGAAAAACUAUGUGCCACCCUUGCCUUCGUUUAAAUCAAAGAUUUUCAAUGCUGAAAUGAUUAAGAUUAAUAUACCUAAGCCUGAGCUGCGGCCAGCAUUGAUGGAACUGCGGACGCCAAAGCUGAGUGGACCCACGGCGAAUACAGCAGCAAAGGGCGGCAGCCAAGCAGCGCCCAAGCAAGCUACUUUGAAUGGCACAGAUUGGUCGCAGGAUGUGCCGGAUCAGACAGUGGGUCUGCCGUUGCCCUUGUCGUUGCCGGCCAGUGCUCCUGUGCAUCUACAGCAAAGUUCACAGCUCACAUCACAAGUUGGCACACAGCAAGUCUCACAGCCCGGCUCACAGUUGACUCUGCCAUAUCAUCAGCCCAAGUUUUAUCAGCAUCCGCUUGUCUCUGGCAACAUACCAGCCAUGUUGCCGGCGCUUGGUAAUGAGGAGCAUCAAAAGCGUUUGCUACUUAAAAAGCCAACAGCUUCCAUACUCUCAAAUGCAGCAGCAGCGACUCCGCUGCACAAUGGCGACACGCCCAAUGUGAAGAGCACGCCGGUGGAAAAAAACAAAGUCAAGUUCUCGGACACCAUUCAGGUGGCUGUUGUGCCGGAGAUACCACGUAAAGAGAAGCCGUUGCCACCGAAACGCAAUGGCUAUUCACGCCCUGCAGCGCGACACAUGACUAAUCCUCGCAAGGAACUGGCGGAUAGUCUUCCACUGUGUCAUCCAAAUGAUGAGUACUUAAAGGAUUUCAAUCCCAUUACAACGAAUGUUAGCAAGCCGCCAACGAGAAGGAGGGGCGAGGAGGAGCCAUCCAGCAACAGCAAACCGACGUCCAGCUCUUCGUCCUCCAUCAAAGUUGUGCACUUUGGCGUUGUCUAAGCGUUUUUUACGUAGUGCAAUUUAAUUAGUUUAAAUAGUUAAGAAUUCGUCUUCCAUGUGUAAACGUUGCCGUCCACUUAGUGCAAAGCUUUAAAUAGGAAAAGUUUCUAUUUUAAAUAUGUUUCCCUUCUACAAUUUUUACAGAUUUAUUCAAUAAAAUAAAAACUAGUUUUUAAA